AUGGCGAACGUGUCAGCUGAGCUGUUGUGGCCGAUGGUGCGGGACACCUCGUGCUUUGCGGUCAAGCGCAAGGUGCCCGGCCGCAGUGGGAUGGGCAAGGCGGGCCCGCGCUUCACGACGGAGCCCAACAAUGUGUCUGGCGUCAACUCUUUCAAGUACUCGGGGCUUGUGAACGCCAAGACGGUGUCGCUGGAGGAGGCGGAGAAGGGCGUGACGCUUGUGAAGAAGGUGCGCAAGGCCGACCGGCUGAACAAGCCCAACAAGAUGUACAACAAGGUUUCGCUGACGAAGGAUUUCCGGCGUGUCGCCAGCGCGAUCAAAAAGGAGACGGGUGACAACUUCUACCGGCCCGACCUGACCAAGGCGGCGCUCGCCAAGUGGAGCCUUAUCCACAAGGCGCAGAAGCGCGGCAAGGCCUAGAGCGGGCAGUGUUGUUUGCGCGCGGGUUGUUUUGGGGCUUUCACCUCUGUCAUUUUGAGUUGCCGAGACGCGAGAGAGAUA